CCGAGCUAUUGUGUGAUGCUGCGUCUCCCUCGCGCGGCGCGAGGACCGCGCGGGAGCGAGAGGGACGGCCGGCACCCGCCUCGGCCACUCCGUUGGGUGAUGGAGGAACCGCCUCCAGUGGAAGGGGAGCUCGCUCUGGGCGUGUCAGCUGAUCGAGAUCAGUCGCGCUCCGGACGCCGCACCGGCAGCAUCUCCAGCAUGGCGUACGAGGACAGGUGCAGCGGCCACGCCGACAUCACACAGGUCAACCAGACCCAGUACACCUGCACUAUCAACCCUAGGAACAUCAAAGUACAGCCCGCGUCGCCGCCGCCCAGCCCCGAGUACUACCGGCCGGAGACUCCGGACGUGAAGCCCGUCAUCGAGGACGAGCGCCGGAACCCGAUAGCUUUCUCCAUCAGCAACAUACUACGUCCAGAGUUCGGUGUGACCGCCCUGAGGAACUCCAAGAAGAUAGAGGGCCCUAAACCACUCGGGCCCAACCACAGCAUUCUCUACAAGCCGUACGAGAUAACCAAGGAGUUGAGUCAAUAUGGUUACGAGUAUGUGAAGACGAAAGAGGAUUUCAACCUGCCGCCGCUGGGAGGGUUGAGGCAGACGGUGUCCAACAUCGGGGAGAAAGAAUCCCCGAAGGUCGUGGAACAGAAGAGACCGGACUCGGCCAGCUCGAUAGUAUCCUCCACCUCGAGCGGCGCCGUCUCCUGCGGCAGCACCGACAACAGCUCGCAGAGCUCCCAGCUGUGGCCGGCCUGGGUGUACUGCACCCGGUACAGCGACAGACCGAGCUCAGGUCCCAGGAGUAGACGGGUGAAGAAGAAGGCGAGCCCUGAGGAGAAGAGACCGAGGACUGCCUUCAGCGCCUCGCAGCUAACAAGAUUAAAGCACGAGUUCGCGGAGAACCGCUACCUGACGGAGAGGAGGAGGCAGGCGCUGGCCGCGGAGCUGGGGCUGGCGGAGGCUCAGAUCAAGAUCUGGUUCCAGAACAAGAGGGCCAAGAUCAAGAAGGCCUCGGGCCAGAGGAACCCGCUGGCGCUGCAGCUCAUGGCGCAGGGGCUGUACAACCACGCCACAGUCACCGAGAGCGAGGACGAGGAGAUCAGCGUCACGUAGAUAUAUGAUAGUCCGCCAUUAGUAUUAAUAAGAAAGUUCCUGUCUAUUAUAAUAAAUUAUUGAAUUAUGUUCGUUUUUUAGUCAAAUGAUGCGUUUUAACCAAGUAGCAUAGAGGCUGGUCCGGGCCGGAUGUCGGUUUCUCUGUAUAUAUUAACGAGACAUUUUAAACCUCUCACAGCUGUCACUAUAGUAAUGUUACCGCGAGUCCUCGGAGACGAACUCGAUACGUACAGUUUAUAGUAUGUGAAUACUAUGUUUGAUGUGAUAAACAAACUCUAAACUGUCCGUUUUAAGUGUCGAUUCAAACUGACGGUAAGAUUACUAUAUAUAUAAUAUUCUGUAAAUAUUGUAAAUAUUAAAAUAUAUUUUUCGUUACUGUAGCUCUCGUGUAUAUUAUUAUAUUAUAUUGUUAUAUUAAAUGACGAAAUAAAUUAUAUCGGGUUUAAA